AUGACGAAGUGUGUGUUAGUUUGAGGGCAGCUGGGGCUCCGCUGGUCGUGACCGAGCUCCGGAGGAGGCGGGGGCGGGGGCGGGUCUCAGGUUUCACCGCCUCCUGAUCUCCGCUGCGCUCCGCUCAUUGUUCCCGCGCGCGUCAGAAUCGCGUGACAGCCGCGACGGACAGCGUUCUCCCCGCGCGCCGCUCCGCGAGUCAUGCCCGAGAUGGAGACGGAGCGACCUGCGGAGAACAAGCGCAGCCGGAAACCUGCUCACCCGGUGCGGAGAGACGUGCGUCAGGAGAUGAAGAGCUUUGCUGAGAGCACCAUGAAUGAGUUGUUGGGAUGGUACGGCUAUGAUUCAGUGGAUCAGCAGGACUCAGACCGAGCCAAACACAAACACACAUCUGUUCUCAAAGAGAACUCCGUGCCAAAGCCACACUCCUCAUCCUCAUCUUCCUCAUCAGAGGCGCUCAGAAGCGGUGAGAAGGCAUCUCCGGCGUCUCCGUCUUCAUCGUCACACUCUUCCUUGCCGCGUGUGAAGGAGCAGAGCAUGAAUGUCAUCGUGCCGCUCAUCAAACCUUCAGCCGCGGAGGACGAGCAGAGCGAGCCGAUCGUCUGCGUCUGGUGUCAGAAGGAGGGCAUGAAGCGCUAUUCUCUGCUCAUGGGCUCCGAGCUCAAGAGCUUCUGCAGUGAGAAGUGUUUCGCUGCGUGUCGACGCGCCUUCUUCAAACACAACAAGGCUCGAGAUGAGGAUCGUCAUGGCGACCAGUCUCCGCCCCCUGGCCAGAUGCUGGACACGCCCUCAAGACUUCUGCUGAAGAUAAACAACAACACGCGUGUGUGUGAUUGGUGUAAACACAUGCGUCACACUAAAGAAUACCUGGACUUCGGUUCGGGCGAGGAGCGCCUGCAGUUCUGCAGCACCAAAUGCCUGAACCAGUACAAGAUGGAAGUGUUUUACCGGGAAGCUCGUGCUGCCCUCUCCGGCUCUGGCUCCGCCCACAAAGAUGAAGAGGACCGCCCCAAAACGGCUGUGGUGGAAAACCAGAAACUCCUGACCCCGGAGGCCUGGGACAGACCAGAGAAAACCCUCUCGCCUCGAAGCCCGCCGCAACAAACACCCAUCUCCACGCCGCAGCCAAGGAUUCAGACCAGCGUAUCGCCCUCUUCUCCAGCUCGCCCGUCUCAUGUUACUCCAGAACAGCCACGCCCACCUCAGAUGCCCCUCCCCUUUGUGCGGCCACCCCUCCAGGCCCAUGGCCUGCGAAGCCCCGCCUCUCACCCGCCUCACCCCCUCAGCCCUAUCCAGAGGGCUUCCUUUGCCCCGCCUCCUCUCCUCCAGCCCUUCCCCGCCCCUUACAUGCCCUUCCACCCGGCGUACCCGCCCCCUUUACCCCCGCCCUGGCCGCAGCCCAUGAUGUUAUCACCCUAUCCAGUUUUUGUGCCAAUCCCAGUGCCGAUUCCCAUUCCCAUCCCUUUUUUCUCUCAAAUGGGCCACACAGGAGUCAUUCGAAAGCUUCAGGAGCAGGAGGAGGAGCGUACGCUCGAUCCGGGUCACUCGGAGGAGCCCAACAAAACUGUAAAGACGGAGCGAUGCGCUUCUCCUCUCACGUCGGAGCGACAGGUGAUUCAGUGUCUACACAAACACCCAGUGAAAGACGAAACUCACACGCGUGAAUCUCCAAUGCACAAAGCACUUUACACGUCUGUUGUCAUGCCGACGGCAUCCAGAAUAGUCACUCCCGCCUCUUUGUACUCAUUGGCUCGUUCGACCGCCAUACAAGCCGCCUCGUUCUCACUGGACAGCUCCUCUCCGUCUCCUCUCUCCGACGGUGAAGAUGUGAAGGAGAACAGCUGUUUGGGUGGACGGGACGACGGCUCGACCAAUCACUGGUCAGCAGAGCAGACGGACUGCCUGAGCGACCAAUCAAAAGAGAGCCAGAGGGAGGAGGACGUGCCGCAGGAUGUAGAGCACACCUACGCACGGUCCAUACCGCCCAAACUACGCGAGAAAAACACACAAACACAUUUAUACACUCAGGCACAAACCUGGGAGAAAAACACAGAUCUGGGAUCUGAGGCGAGUGGACGAGACGAUCCAGAACCAGCCGUGAAGAGACGAUGCUUGAGAAUCAGAGACCAGAUCAAAUGAGGACCGCGGUGUAAAUUCAGUGAUGAAACAAUUGAGACGAGUGUUUCUUUGAGCGAUGCGUUGUGUUAACGUACAGAGGAUGCGUCCAGCAGCAGCAGCCGCCCCAGAGCAUCAUGGGAGUCACACAUCGAGCGCAUGUGAUCCAAUUAGACCACAUAUAUAUGUGUGUGUGUGUGUGUGUGUGUGUGUGUGUGUGUUUUCCUGCCAAGCUCCUACAAAGCCAGGCAUUGUUCCUCACUGCCAGUGUGUGUGUGUGUGUGUGUGUGUGUGUGUGUGUGUGUUCAUCUGUGGUUUAGGAUUACCUGACACACAUUGGCGCUUUGGCUACAGGGCAUUUUUAGACUUCGCCGAAAGAGUGCCAAGAGGACAAAUACACACACACACACACACACACACACACACAAGCACACACACAUGUCAGAUGUGGCUCUCUGAUUGGUGGAAUUUCCUCCAUAAAAAUUACAAUGCAUCAUGGGUGAUGUAGUUUUUCACCACGAAUUUAACAUUAUUAUUUUAAAAACAAGUGAACUUUUGAUUUAAACAGAAGCAAGUAUCAUCAGAUAACAAACGCUGAGCUCACAGCAGAUCAGUUUUUAAUGGUUUAUAAAUGAUCAAAUAAAUUCAGUUUCCCUGUGGAGAAAGUGAUUGGAGUUUUUGCAUAAUAUUCCUGACUUGAUGCUUCAAAAAUAGUGUCAAAAAAGAUUGCCAUGCUAAAUGUCUCAAAUUUACAUAUGGUACUAUUUUAAAUGCAUGUUAAAUGAUAUUCUAAAGUUCUUAAAAGAAUACGAUGGUUCCUUUAGUAAGUGAGUUUGAUGAGUGACGUCACUUAGUGACGCAGUAAAACGCGAUCGGUUUUCGUGACGAAUUGAAGAUUUAUAUAUUUUG